AAACAUCAUAUUAAGAGUCGGUGAAUAAAAAUCCUGAUUUUCACAGCUGUCAACUCACAUUUCACCACCAACUAAGUGCACAAAAUAAUAUAAUAACGAUCGUGUCACGCAUAUUUGUAUGCUUUUCCCAAACUAUUUUACGAGAGUCUUUUUCUUUUCAUUAACCACCGAUGACAAUCCAAAUCGUCGAGGUUUCCCGAGUCUCCCCCACUCCCAACUCAACCAACUCGCUCACAAUCCCGUUGACUUUCUUCGACAUACCAUGGCUAGUGUUCAACCCAGUGAAACGAGUCUUCUUCUACAAACUCACCACCGAGUCGACUCGCGACCAUUUCAACACCUCCAUCCUCCCUAACCUCAAACUCUCCCUCUCCCACGUCCUCGGCUACUACCUCCCUCUCUCGGGCCGCGUCACCUGGGCCCAACACGAGCCCAAACCAACCAUCAUCGUCUCUCAAAACGACGCCGUUACGUUGACCAUCGCCGAAACUGACUCAGAUUUCUCUCUUCUCUCCAGCUACGGACAACGUCCAGCUUCAGAGUUACACACCUUACUCCCCGAGUUACCUGUCUCCGAUGACUCAGCAACAACUUUAUCUCUUCAAAUCACGUUGUUCCCCGACCAAGGCUUCUCCAUCGGCGUCUCCGCACACCACGCCGUUUUAGACGGGAAAACGUCAACCAUGUUCGUCAAAGCUUGGGCUCACUUAUGCAAACAACACUUAGAAGAAAACAGUGACCUCUUCUCAUUACCGGAGACUCUAACUCCGUUUCUUGAUCGAUCGUUUUUCAAAAACCAAACCGGACUCGAUGAAGAGAUGGUCAAGAUCGUUAGAACUCUGAAACAAGACGAGACAAAAACGAGCAGAAGCCUUUCUCCCAUCCCCGCGUGGGAAAGCGGAGACGACGUCGUCUUCGCCACGCUCGUGCUUUCACGCAGCGACGUCUCAAGACUCCGGGAGCGAGUCAAGAACCCGAGUCAGCUCCUCCACCUCUCGACUUUCGUCGUCUCCUACGCUUACGUGUGGACAUGCCUCGUGAAGGCACGUGGAGAGGAGGACACGGAGAGAACAGUGAGUUUCCUCUUCGUUGCGGAUUUUAGAGAGCGGCUCCACCCGCCGCUCCCGGCGACUUACUUCGGAAACUGCGUGUUUCCGGCGGGGAGUUACAACGACAAGACGGCGGAGGAUUUCUCCGGAGAGGGAGGGUUCGUGACGGCGGUGGAGAUACUGAGCGGUUUGGUGAGAGGGUUGGGUUCGAGGGAGAUAGAGACGGUGGCGGGAGAGUUUAAGAGUAGUUUUGAUUGCUUGGGGGUGACGUCACAGUUCGGUUCGUUAGCUGGUUCGACACGGUUGGGUGUGUAUGAGUCGGAUUUCGGGUGGGGGAGACCGGUUAAGGUUGAUGUUGUGUCUAUUGAGGGAGAUAGGAUCUCGAUGGCGGAGAGACGUGAUGAAUCUGGUGGUAUUGAGCUUGGAGUUUGCAUGAAGAAGGCUGAACUGGACUUGGUAAUGACUUUGUUCUACAGUGGUUUACAAAACUAAACGUUUAUUAAUUAGUUUACUACAAUUUUUUUUUUCCAAUAAAGGCAGUUUAAGCUCAUUGAGUUGUUCUUGUGCUCUUGUGAUGUGUUGAUUAUUACUAACAAUAAGUUGUUACUUAAUUACAUGGUUAUUUCAACGAGCUUUAUUUAUGAAGGAUUACAUAAUUUUUUUUUGAGUAUUUGGAUGAAUGAGG